AUGGAACCACGCCCAGCAGGUCAUGGUGUUAAAAGGAUAUGGGAAACUGCAAGUGAAGAAGAGCUACAGGACCUCUCGAAGUUUCAGGAGGAAGGAGGAUUUUCUUUGGAUGCAGAAGGCGCCGCUAUGGAGGACAGUCUCAGCACACCAUUGGAUGAUUUGAUUGAGGAAAUACUUGCUGAAGGAAGUAGCGUGCAGGUAGAUUCGUGGCUAGUGGAUCCCGCCUUGGAAGUGCCUGCAAGCCUACUGUUCGAAGGUGGGAAAGAAGAAGGAACGGGGCACUUCCAGGACUCUCCGGAAGCAGGGACAAGCAGAGGCGCGGAUAGCACGAUUCUUGCAACAACUCUUGUAGUUCCGCCUCCAGCGUCCUCUGGCGCGGUUAACUUAGGGACAGUGCAACAAUUCUCACAGCAAAUAGCCUGGACCGCCACAGGGCAAUCACCAUCGCCUUCAAGCGUGUGGACUUCACAAGAUGCUCGCAUUCUGGAUCAUUGGACUCAAAGUGCUUCGUUUGUGAGCCCCUCAGUUGAAGCGGAGCAGACGAGAAUUUCAGGAACCACGCGAGGCCCGCCCAGUCACUUGCGUGAACCGGUAGAGUCAGGCCUGCAGGUCUCUCACCGGGACCUGCGUCUGCACGUGAACCAGCCAUUUGUGAGCAUCCUUUCUACAGAACCCCUCAUUUGCUUCCAGGGGUGGUUCCAAGGACCUUCAACAUGA